AUGGCUGACCGUGGAUAUGAGAGCGACGACGAGGAUUUACGCCGCGCCAUCGCACUCUCCCUUGGACAUCCCGAUCCGGUGGAGGGGAACAAAGCAAUCGAACUGAGCUCGGACGAGGAGAUUGACCUAGACGAGACCCCUGUCCGCGAACUGGAGACGAAGAGUGACGCGCAGAUGAGAAAGAUCCAACCAAACCCGAAAGCUUCUCCGCCUGCAGUAGUAGAGCAACAGCAGAAGCCCGGGAGUGGACCGAUGGGCCUGGCGGGACUGAACCGGCGGCAGAUGGAACAAGAACGCCUCGCCCGCCUUGCUGGAAAGCGGAAGGCCCCCGAUUCUGAGCAGGUACCCCAGGGACGUGAGCGUAUACCGCGGACGGGGGCGGCGCCCCAAUCCUCAGGGACGGAAGCCACCCGCCAGGAUGGACUGGGCCGCCAGAGUGUACCGCCCAAUGUUUCUACAGCACCCGAUAUCAAGACAUCGAAUUCCAAUGGAUUACGUUUUGGGAAGGGUGUUGUAAAAAAGACUUGGGCAUACGGCUACCCUAGAACUGAGGAAGACAUCAAGAUCGAAGAGAUUCUCCAGAAGAGCGAACUAGAGUUCGCUGUGCUGAGCUCUUUCCAAUGGGACGAAGAGUGGCUUCUGUCGAAGAUUAACAUAGCGAAGACGAAACUCGUCCUAGUCGCAUUCGCUUCGAGCAAGCAGCAGCAAGAGGAGAUGAAAGCAAAUGUGCCAGGAAAGUCUAUCAGAUUCUGCUUCCCGCCCAUGUUGCCAAUGGGCAGCAUGCACUCGAAGCUACAGCUCCUAAGAUUCCCCAACUAUAUGCGCAUCGUCGUGCCCAGCGGGAAUUUGGUAUCUUACGACUGGGGCGAAACCGGCGUAAUGGAGAACAUGGUUUUCAUUAUAGACCUCCCCAAGAUUGAAGACCCUGAGGCCCAGGCUGCCAACAAACUCACCCUGUUCGGUGAAGAGCUUGCUUUUUUCUUAAGGGCUCAGGGUUUGGACGACGGCUUAAUCAAGAGCCUAGAAAAGUACGAUUUCUCGGAGACGAGUCGUUACGCUUUCAUUCAUUCAAUUGGCCAAUCCCAAACUGAUGAUGAUUGGAGGCGUACUGGCUACUGCGGGCUUGGUCGAGCAGUAUCAGCCCUCGGCCUCGGCUCAGCAGAGCCCAUUGAGGUUGACUAUAUUGCCUCAUCGCUUGGCUCGAUUAACAGCGAGCUCAUCGCGGCCAUGUAUUACGCUGCACAGGGAGAUGACGGGCUCAAAGUCUACGGCGAGAGAUCGUCAAAAGGCGCAAAGAGAGCAGACUCGGUAGAAUCAAAGCUGUAUGAUAGGUUUCGCAUCUACUUCCCAUCCCACGAGACCGUGGCCCAGAGCCGGGGAGGCAGCCAGGUCAGUCGGCCCCAAUUGCGAAGCUCACCGUUUCCAGCGCUAACUUGCAGGGAGUCCGCGGGAACCAUCUGUGCGCAGACCAAAUGGUGGGAUUCAGACAAGUUUCCUCGACAGCUGGUGCACGAUUGCAAGAACGUGCGGCCUGGCCUCCUGAUGCACAGCAAAAUGAUGUUCGUGCAAGCGAGACCGUCUCAGAAGUAUUCCGCCGCCUGGGGGUAUAUCGGCUCCGCCAAUGUUUCGGAAAGUGCCUGGGGACGCUUGACCAGAGACAAGCAGUCAGGGAAACCGAAGCUCACCUGCCGCAACUGGGAGUGCGGAGUCCUCAUUCCAGUUUCUGUCGGCGGGCGCGAGCGUCGGGUGGCAGAUGGAGCCUCGUCAAGCGAUCUUUCAGUAUUCCUGGGCAGCAUUCCUGUGCCGAUCUCUUGGCCUGCUACCGGCCCGCCCGAGAUCAGCACAAACUACACUGGGAUUCGCGAUGCGCGGCUUCCGUCGUUUGCUCGUGCACGAUUAGUAGACGUGUUGGGAAUACGAGCUCGAAACGUGGUUGCUGCAGGGCCAUCAACCCUGGGGCCUUGGCCUGCCUGCUGCCCGCUAGCCGUCCCUUUUGAGAGCGAUGAUACGUGA